CAACCAACUCGCUCCCAGCACGGUGGCGUGAGAAAGAAUACCAAUCUGGAAGAAGUGGUCGGUGGGGAGAUCUGGAGGUUAGGGUUUUAUUGGAAUAGGCGGAAGAAAGAGAGGGGAGGGAUUAAAAAAAAAAACUUUGGUAACUCGUUGGUGUACCCUUCAACGCACCCCGAUCCGGUUUUUUGCAAAUCGUCAGCGGUAAAAUUGGCAAUAAAGCUUUUAAUCACCUACCCUGUGUAUGGUGCAUUAGAAGACCCGGUUUGGCGCUCCUUCCCGUUAAAAGAAAUCGUUAGAGAGGAAGGAAAGACCUCCGAUUGGGCUUGGAAAUGGUGCUCUAUAGACAACGUUGAUUCUGCCUCUCUUUUGCUGCUGAGAUUAGUCCGCCAUGGAAGAAGGUUACUCGAGCCUCCCUACCAGCCAUUUGCUCGGCUCCGUUCCCGCUGCGGUAGCUGAGGAUAAAACAGGAGGCGCUGCUAGUGAAUCCUCGUCUGCCAACUUACAAAGCUUUCCACCUGCUAAUGGAGGCUAUCAAGCCCCUGGGAGUGCAUAUGGUGGAGAUGAGCAAGCUACAAGCAGUUGGAAAGGAGUAUGUAGCAUUUCAUCAUACACCCCAUAUUUCAACAUUGAUACUGAUAUUGUGGUAGAUAGACUCAUUACUUCAGUGUAUCCCUUGAAUGAUUUUACAAGGAAGAUUGAUGGCAAUCCUGAUAUGUAUGGCCCCGUUUGGAUCUCUACUACAUUGGUAUUCAUGCUUGCUGCCCUUGGAAACUGUGCAACUUAUCUUAUGCGCAAAAGAAAUGAACCAGAUGCGGUAUGGAACUUUGAUGUCACGUUUGUAGAUUGGGCAGCAUGUGUCAUAUAUGGUUAUGCACUUGCUGUGCCAGUUGCAUUUUACUUCUUGCUUCAGUACGUUGGAUGUAAUGCAAGCCUCAUACAUCUCUGGUGUAUGUGGGGUUACUCGCUGUUCAUCUUUCUACCAAGUUCCUUGUUAUUGGUUGCUCCUGUUGAGAUCUUCCGAUGGGUCAUCAUAAUUCUUGCUGGUGCUGCAUCAUCUUGGUUCGUUGCACAAAACUUAAAGGCUUAUACAGAGGGGAGUGAUCUGAUGGUUUUAAUUGUUAGUGCCUUGUUGUUGCAAUUUGCUCUUGCACUCUUCAUCAAAAUUUUUUUCUUCAUGUGAGGUUGUAUGUUCGGGUGUAUCUUGGCAUGCAGCAUAUUUGAUGGCAGCAUGUACAGAUGAAUUUGAAGGCAAUGCUCAUUUGCCCCAUUCUGUAUGCAGCAUAUAUUGUACAGAAAAGUGGGUGAAUGUUAAAGAUUUAACAUACUGAACAGAGUCGGUGAAACUAGCAGAGAUGAUGGGAACACCCUGAUGUGUGGAGUUGCAGUGAGAUGUUUUCCUUUGACAGACUUGACUUCCAACGGGCAUGUCUGCUGAUGAUGCUUGUUUUUUUUUUUUCCUGAACCUGACUUUUGGAUGUACAAGGUAAUGGAAUUGUAGUGCAGAGGAUCCUUCUGCUUUAUAUUUGAAUGGAAUUGCCUUUUGGGACACUCUUUUUUUUUUCC